GUCUUACUAAUUUCUGACAUGUUUCCUUAGAUUCUAGUGUGGGACACACGCCGUGCUGCUCUCAUGCAGACGAUUGAUCUCCACUCAGAUGUAAUCUACAGCCUUUCUCUAAAUCGCAAUGGAUCCCGCAUCGCAACCACAAGUAGAGACAAGCGAUUGCGUGUCAUUGAUCCUCUCUCUGGGAAACUUCUGCAGGAAACUAUAUGUCAUGAGGGAUCCAAAGCUUGCAAAGCUGUGUACUGUGGUGACACUGGGAAGGUCUUCACCACUGGCUUUUCUCGAUUUAGUGACCGCCAGUUUGGUGUGUGGGAUGAGAAGAACUUAAAUACUCCCCUGCGCUUGGAUGUCAUAGAUUCAUCUUCAGGGAUCCUCACUCCAUUUUAUGAUCAUGACACAAAGAUUGUCUUUGUGGCUGGGAAGGGUGAUGGCAACAUUCGAUACUACGAAAUUACCGACAGUCCCCCAUACUGCCACUUUUUGAAUCAGUACAUUUCAGGAGAGCCUCAGCGUGGGUUGGGCAUCAUGCCGAAGAGAGGUUGCAAGGUGUCACAUUGUGAAAUAUUCCGCUUCUACAAGUUAUAUGCGACCAAACCAAUUUGUGAACCCAUUUCCAUGAUUGUCCCAAGGAAGAGUGACCAGUUCCAGCCUGACCUAUACCCAGACACAGCUUCUCCAACACCAGCACUGUCAGCAGAGGAGUGGUUCAGCGGCACCACGAAAGGGCCCGUUCUAAUGUCAAUGAAGACAGGUAUGACUAUCAAAACUCACCGGCCGCUGCCACUACGACCAACAGAAUCCUCAUCAGAUAAAAAUGCAGACAAGAAGUAUGCUUUCCUCUCAAUGGAGACCCGUGCUGACUACCGGCCCAAGGAGUUGUCAAUUAGGACCCAGAGCAGCACGGACAAAGACCUGAAGACAUCCACCAAUUUGGACACGAAGUUCCAGGCGCUUCAGAAACUGUGGGGCUGUAAUGUAAAGAACCUGCCUGACAACAAGGAACAGUCAUCCACCACCAGCAGUGGGAUUGAAAGUGAAAGGGCCUCCACAACCACAAGAAACAUCAUCAACAAAAUCAGCACCAGAGACUCUCCAAAUAAGCUGUCUCAGCGCAUGGAAGAGAAGGAGAUUGAAAUCUUGGACAAGCCAUCACCGAAGACAGAGUCGGAGUCCAACCCCAAUGAAAGGCAGGAACCGGCUGCAGAUGAAGGUGACCCAUAGGCUAAGAAUGUCCCU